AUGAACUUAUAUUCUAGAAAUAAUCAAGGAUAUUUGUAUGGUCGAAGUCAGCUUGAAAGCAAUUUCGAAUAUGAAUUAUCCCGCAAGUUCAUUAAAGAGUAUUUGAUGCUCGAUGAUUCCAUCUUUAGUCAUAUGGAUAAUUGUUAUUAUCUAGAAAAUUAUUGUUAUAUUGAAAGUCGUGGUGGACAUCAGCAAGGAAAGCACCUAUUUUAUAAUAACAAAUGGAAUUACAGUUAUCAUGGAACGUUCACAAAAAACGUCAAGAGCAUUAUUAAGUUUGGUCUAAAAAAGCCAGGGUCUCAUGCGGGCAAUAAUUUAAUUAAAUCUAUGCAUGGAAUGAUGCAAAAACCCGAAUCUAUUGAUUUUACGAAUGGUGAAAGAUAUUACACGUUAGGAAGGAGGGAUAUUAAUAAGUUGUACAGGAUUCAUAUUUCGGAAGAAGAGAUUCAAUUUGUUUGCUUUGAAGAAAGUUCAUGUGUAUUGCAUGCGCUCUUGAUAAAAGUUCAUGAUAGAGAUCCACACGCUAUUGGAGGGGAAGAUUAUAAAGUAAAAGAGAUAUUGGAUGGCCUCGCGGAUUAA